GCUUGAUUGGUGGUAAUAACAUCGAUAAGAGGCUGGCAGUUACUUCUGUUCUAACCAUCUACUUCAUAAUUGUGAAUAUUAACUAUGCAUCUUUGUUGGCCAGCAAAACCAAGGAACAAGAGCGAUGGCAGUUGAAAAAGUCUAUCUAAUUCCAGGGUAUUUUUCCUGGGUUUCGUCAUCAGAGACCUUCUCUUUUUCUUCUCAACGACAAUGCAGUACCUUUUAUUUUUUGAGGAAGAUUAAGGAGAUGUUCUUUGGUCAACAACCAGAACUUAAAAUCUGCUGGAAUAGAGUCAGAGACCAUUUCAAUUAUAGCUGAGGAAAAUGAAAUUUCCAUUUUAUAUGGUGCCUUGUACAGUCAACGUACUAACUCUUAAGAAAAUGUAUGAGUAAAAAGAGGUUGAAUUUUUCCUAUUAGAAACUCAUGGUUAUGGCGAGUGACCCAACGUGAUCAGAGGGGGCAAGAGCCACAGAGGAACUCAUGACGGGCUAUACCAUGUUACGGAAUGGGGGAGUGGGGAAUGGAGGUCAAACCUGUAUGUUACGGUGGUCCAACCGUAUUCGACUCACAUGGCUCAGUUUUACACUUGUCAUCAUUCUGGUUUUUUUCCCACUCAUUGCUCACUAUUAUCUCACCACUCUGGAUGAGGCUGAUGAAGCAGGCAAGCGGAUUUUUGGUCCACGGGCUGGUAAUGAACUAUGUGAGGUAAAACAUGUAUUGGAUCUUUGUCGCAUUCGUGAGUCUGUAAGUGAAGAGCUCUUACAGCUGGAAGCCAAGCGACAGGAGCUGAACAGUGAAAUUACCAAGCUGAAUCUGAAGAUUGAAGCCUGUAAGAAAAGUAUUGAGAAUGCCAAGCAGGACCUACUUCAGCUCAAGAAUGUCAUUAGCCAGACUGAGCAUUCUUACAAAGAGCUGAUGGCCCAAAAUCAGCCCAAACUUUCUCUCCCCAUCCGGUUGCUCCCCGAGAAGGAUGAUGUUGGUCUUCCUCCUCCAAAGGUCAUACGAGGUUGUCGUCUGCACAAUUGUUUUGAUUAUUCUCGUUGCCCUCUCACCUCUGGUUUUCCAGUCUACGUUUAUGACAGUGACCAGUUUGUUUUUGGCAACUAUCUGGAUCCCUUGGUCAAGCAGGCUUUUCAGGCUACAGCAAGAGCCAACGUUUAUGUUACAGAAAAUGCUGACAUUGCCUGCCUUUAUGUGAUACUAGUGGGAGAAAUGCAGGAGCCGGUAGUACUGCGCCCUUCUGAAUUUGAGAAGCAGUUGUAUUCUCUACCCCAUUGGCGGACAGAUGGACACAACCAUGUCAUCAUCAAUCUGUCACGGAAGUCAGAGACACAGAAUUUACUAUAUAAUAUCAGUACAGGCCGUGCCAUGGUUGCUCAGUCCACUUUCUAUGCUGCCCAGUAUAGACCUGGCUUUGAUUUGGUAGUAUCUCCACUAGUCCAUGCCAUGUCAGAGCCCAACUUUAUGGAAAUCCCACCACAGGUGCCAGUUAAGCGGAAAUAUCUUUUCACCUUCCAGGGUGAGAAGAUCGAAUCAUUGAGAUCCAGCCUUCAGGAGGCCCGCUCCUUUGAAGAAGAAAUGGAGGGUGACCCCCCAGCUGACUAUGAUGAUCGUAUCAUUGCCACCUUAAAGGCAGUACAGGACAGCAAGCUAGAUCAGGUUCUAGUAGAAUUUACCUGCAAAAACCAGCCUAAACCCAGCCUGCCUACUGAGUGGGCAUUGUGUGGGGAGCGGGAGGACCGCUUAGAAUUACUGAAGCUUUCCACCUUUGCCCUCAUCAUCACUCCUGGGGAUCCUCAUUUGGUUAUUUCAUCUGGGUGUGCAACACGGCUAUUUGAAGCCCUGGAGGUUGGAGCUGUCCCAGUUGUGUUGGGGGAGCAAGUACAGCUUCCUUACCAGGACAUGUUACAGUGGAAUGAGGCAGCCCUGGUGGUGCCCAAGCCACGUGUUACUGAGGUUCAUUUCCUGUUACGAAGUCUUUCUGAUAGUGAUCUACUGGCUAUGAGGCGUCAAGGCCGCUUUCUUUGGGAGACUUACUUCUCCACCGCUGACAGUAUUUUUAAUACUGUGCUGGCUAUGAUUAGGACCCGCAUACAGAUCCCAGCUGCUCCCAUACGGGAAGAGGCAGCAGCUGAGAUCCCCCAUCGUUCAGGCAAGGCGGCUGGAACUGACCCCAACAUGGCUGACAAUGGGGACCUGGACUUAGGGCCAGUAGAAACAGAGCCCCCUUAUGCCUCACCCAAAUACCUCCGCAAUUUUACUUUGACUGUCACUGACUUUUACCGCAGCUGGAACUCUGCUCCAGGGCCUUUCCAUCUUUUUCCUCACACACCCUUUGACCCUGUGUUGCCCUCAGAGGCCAAAUUUUUGGGCUCAGGCACUGGAUUUCGGCCUAUUGGUGGUGGAGCUGGGGGUUCUGGCAAGGAGUUUCAGGCUGCACUUGGAGGCAAUGUUCCACGAGAGCAAUUCACAGUAGUAAUGUUGACUUAUGAGCGGGAGGAAGUGCUUAUGAACUCUUUAGAGAGAUUGAAUGGCCUCCCUUACCUAAACAAGGUUGUGGUGGUGUGGAAUUCUCCCAAGCUACCAUCAGAGGACCUUCUGUGGCCUGACAUUGGCGUCCCUAUCAUGGUGGUCCGGACUGAGAAGAACAGUUUGAACAAUCGAUUCUUGCCCUGGAAUGAAAUUGAGACAGAGGCCAUCCUCUCUAUUGAUGACGAUGCUCAUCUUCGCCAUGAUGAAAUCAUGUUUGGCUUCCGGGUGUGGAGAGAAGCACGGGAUCGCAUUGUGGGUUUCCCAGGCCGUUACCAUGCAUGGGACAUUCCUCAUCAGUCCUGGCUCUACAAUUCAAACUACUCCUGUGAGCUGUCCAUGGUGCUGACAGGUGCUGCCUUCUUUCACAAGUAUUAUGCCUACCUGUAUUCUUACGUGAUGCCCCAGGCCAUCCGAGAUAUGGUGGAUGAAUACAUUAACUGUGAGGACAUUGCCAUGAACUUCCUUGUCUCCCACAUCACUCGGAAACCUCCUAUCAAGGUGACUUCGCGAUGGACUUUCAGAUGCCCAGGAUGCCCUCAGGCCCUGUCACAUGAUGACUCCCACUUUCAUGAGCGGCACAAAUGUAUCAACUUUUUUGUGAAGGUGUAUGGCUAUAUGCCCCUAUUGUACACUCAAUUCAGGGUGGACUCUGUACUCUUUAAAACUCGCCUUCCUCAUGACAAGACCAAGUGCUUCAAGUUCAUCUAGGGGAAUUGCAAGUUUUGGGGAGAGGGAUAGGCCGAGAGAGGAAGAUGGCUCCUAAGGUUCCUAGGUGUUGAAGGACCUUGGGGACAUCUGCUGGGUGGGUGGCCCAGACCUGCUGCUGAGAGUUUGGCAGGAGGAGUAGAAAAGAAAUAGCUGCCUUUAUCAUGAAGUCAGCCACACUGGGCCUAGGCAGGUUCUGAACUGCUCCCACUGGAUCCCUGGUCAGAAGGCACUGGGCUUCCCGAUACAGGGCACUGACUGAUAGCUUACACUGAGGACCAUGGGGACUCUGGAUAGUCACUCACUUAGUCAUAAGCCCAGGACGGCUGGUUUGUGAUUUUUAAAUUCAAUAACAACUAUUAUUAUUAUUUAAAAA